AUGUUGGGACUGUCGUGUCGUCGGUCGCUAACGACUGUUCUUCGAUCGUUUUGCAGUACAUCAUCAUCGGCCAAUUUCGGUAGUCGCUUGCGAAUCCCGGAAGUCAGCGCAGUAGCUACAACCCGACAUCCGUCACACUGCGAUCGUUCGCAGAUUCUUCUUCCUACAGCACUAUCGGUUAGUUGCGGUCGAUUUUACUCGACCCCUAUCAUCCAGGAAGGUUUCGUGGACGAAUUUGACAUGGCUCCGAGAUUCGAGCGAGAAGACUACAAGAAGGAACCGUACCACGGUGUGAAGCGUACCGGUACCGAGUUCAAGCGUGGAACCGGUUCGCGUAGUGGUGGUGGUGGUGGUUACGGUGGAAGUGGCGGGGCCAACGGAUAUGGCGGUGGCGGCGGUAGCCGCUUCGGCGGAGGUGGUGGUGGCGGACGUCGUGACAAGUGGUCGGAGGCUGGUACAUUCCAGAAGAUCGACUGGAGCAAGAUGACGCUGGCACCGUUUAAGAAAGAUUUCUACCGCGAGCAUUCGCUUGUACGUAAUCGUUCGCAGAAGGACGUCGAUCGAUACCUGGCCAAGCAUGAUAUCACACUAAUCGGUCAGUGCCCGAAACCGAUCACCGAGUUCGACGAGAUCGACAUUCCCGACUACGUCAUGCGCGAGAUUGAAAAGCAAGCCUACAAGACCCCGACUCCGAUCCAGGCGCAAGGGUGGCCGAUCGCACUCAGCGGACUGAACAUGGUCGGUGUCGCGAAGACCGGUUCUGGUAAAACGCUCGGCUACAUGCUGCCGGCCAUCGUGCAUAUUAAUCACCAAAAGCCCGACCCGUCCGUGCGUGGACCGCUGGUUCUCGUUCUCGCGCCGACCCGUGAGCUUGCGCAGCAGAUCCAACAGGUCGCAACGGAUUUCGGUUCGUCAUCGUACAUUCGCAACACGUGUCUGUUCGGUGGCUCCAGCAAGGGACCGCAGGCUUCGGAUCUUCGACGUGGUGUAGAGAUCGUCAUCGCUACGCCCGGUCGGUUGAUUGAUUUCCUCGAAUCUGGCACCACUACACUGCAGCGCGUCACGUACCUGGUAUUGGACGAAGCGGAUCGUAUGUUGGACAUGGGUUUCGAGCCACAAAUCAGAAAGAUCCUCGAACAUGUGCGACCGGACCGGCAAAUUCUGAUGUGGUCCGCCACUUGGCCGAAAGAGGUGCAGCGUUUGGCACGCGAUUUCCUCGGAGACUACGUGCAGAUCAACGUCGGUUCGUUGGAGCUUUCCGCUAAUCACAACAUUACCCAACACGUCCGUGUUGUUGAUGAAAAGGACAAAAAUCAAGAACUUGGCACCCUUCUGGAGGAGUUGUACCGUGGUGGAAACCCUGGUAAAAUUCUUAUCUUCACCACUACCAAGCGCCGAUGUGAUCAGAUAAGUAUGCAAAUCCGUCGCUAUGGUUACGACGCGGUGGGAAUGCACGGAGACAAAUCACAGCAGGAACGUGAGCGUGCCCUGCACCGGUUCCGUAAUGCACGUUCGUGCAUACUGGUGGCAACGGAUGUGGCUGCACGUGGCUUAGAUGUUGACGGUAUCAAGGUGGUCAUCAACUACGACUAUCCGCAGCAAACGGAAGAUUACGUGCAUCGUAUUGGACGUACCGGACGGUCGAACGCUACCGGCGAAGCGUAUACCUUCUUCACAUAUAACGAGCGCAAGAUGGCCAAGGAGCUGAUCGCCAUCCUGGAGGAAGCUCAACAAACCGUGCCGCCAGAGUUGUUGAAGUGGCGCGGCUUCGGUGGUGGCGGCGGCAAUCGCUUCAGCCGAUUCGGAUCAUUCCGCGGUGGACGCGACUACGGAAGCGGUGGCGGUUAUGGUGGUGGUAACCGGUUCGGAGGUGGCGGUGGCGAUGACUACCGGAACGGAGGAUCGUCGAUGGGGGCAAAGCGACCGUACGACAGUGGCAACAGCUACGGUGGUGGCAACAGUGGCAGUUACUCGAACGGUUAUGGCGCUGCCAGCAGUAGUUCGAGUGCGUACGAAGGGCGAAAGCACACCCGGUUCGACGAAUAG